CGGAAAAGAUGCAGAUUUUUGUGAAGACCCUCACUGGGAAAACGAUCACCCUUGAGGUGGAACCAAGUGACACCAUCGAGAAUGUGAAGGCCAAAAUACAGGACAAGGAAGGGAUCCCUCCGGAUCAGCAUCGCUUGAUCAUUGCUGGCAAGCAGCUGGAGGAUGGCCGUACUCUGUCUGACUACAAUAUCCAGAAAGAGUCCACUCUGCAUCUGGUGCUGCGUCUGAGGGGAGGUGCCCUGGACCCCAGUCUCCGAGUCCUUGCUCAGAAAUACAACUGUGACAAGAUGGUCUGUCGCAAGUGCUAUGCCCGCCUGCAUCCUCGUGCAUCCAACUGCCGUAAAACCAAGUGUGGCCACACAAACAACCUGCGCCCCAAGAAGAAGCUGAAGUAGAAUGUCGAGGUCCUGUUGCCCAUGUUAGGCUUGCAUUUGUGCUGAAUUUCCAAUAAAAGCCUGUUGCAUUGCCAAAAA